AUGGCCGCAACUCGAGAUUUUCGCGUCAUUAUAGGUGGUGGUGGCAUAUCUGGCUUGACGCUCGCGAACGCUUUGGAAAAAGCUGGAAUAGACUAUGUUCUUCUCGAAGGCCGUGACACAAUACACCCACAGGUCGGAGCAUCUAUCGGCUUUUUUCCGAAUGGCGGUCGCAUUCUCGAUCAAAUAGGAUGCUUUGAGGCUUGCGCGAAAGAAACUAUUGGUUUGAAACUUAAUCACAGCCGCUACCUGAACGGCGAUACUUAUUCAAGCUCCGAUGGCUCAUUCAACUACCCCAUCGCAUUCCUCGAGCGGGGACUUGCUCUCCGCGCUCUGUAUGAGAACCUCAAAGACAAAUCGAGAAUCAAGCUUCAGAAGCGCAUCUCAACGGUCGACCACAACAAGAACGAAGUCGUCGUCUUUUGCGAGGACGGGACCGCGGUUAGCGGCGAUGUGCUUGUCGGUUGCGAUGGUGUGCACAGCAAAGUCCGCCAUGAACUAUGGCGACUGGCACAUUUACAGGAGCCAGAUGCCAUUGACCCGAACGACAAGGAAUUGUUAUCUGCGGAAUACAACUGUCUGUUUGGCAUCUCCACAGCCACGACUGGUGUUAUUGACGGUGAAAUGGGAGUUAACCAUAGCGAAGGUUUUGCAAUGAUGAUAAUCGGUGGAAAAGGCAAGGUAUAUUGGUUUAUAUUCAAGCGACUCGACAAGAUCUGGUAUGACACUGUGCCUAAUAUCCCAAGGUAUACAAAGCAAGAUAUGGACACCUACGCCGAGAGUAUCCAAGAUGCAAACAUCACACGCGAUAUAAAAUUCGGCCACGUCUGGAAGAACAGAGUCAGCUGUGCUCUAGUCGCCACGGAAGAAGCUCAACUCAAACGUUGGUCAUGGGGUCGUAUUGCCUGCGUUGGCGACGGCGUCCACAAAAUGACUCCAAACAUGGGUGCAGGUGGCAACGCCGCCAUCGAAACCGUCGCAGCUCUCGCGAAUGAGCUGAAGAAGCUGGACGACGAAGCGGAGAAAGGCAAACCGACCUAUGAAACCAUUACAACACAUCUCGGUAAUUAUCAAAAGGUCCGCGAAAUGCGUCUGUCGGCCAUUUUCACGGCCGCUGGUAGCGUGGCACGACUCCAUGCCCUCAAAACAUGGAAGGACAAGUUUUUUGCGUUUUGGGUUCUCCCAUUCGCUGGCGAUAUGUUUACUGAUAUGAACUGUGACAUGUCCACCGGCGCCGUCAAACUUGAUUACCUACCAGUUCCGGAAAAAUCACUGCAUGGUAACAUGCCGUUCAACCCAUCCCAAGGUAUGGGACAUACCGAGUCAAAGCUUCUGCGAGCCGCGAAGGCUCUACCCUUCCUAGGAAUCACUUCGCUCGCAGUAUACCUUAUGUGGGGUGGCGUUCAUAACAACGUCGGCAAGCCCGGAUUCGUCAAGCCUUUGCAAAACUUCUACGGCUUUGAGUUCAUCGACAGCCGCUUCAGGGGUCUCACUGCAUGCUUCGCAUCAUUCCAAUUCGUAGACCUCAUCUGCAACUGGCAGAGUUUCAGCUUCCUUACCGACAUUGGGGUUAUCUACGCUAUCCUUCUCAUUGAGAGUGCUCGCAGAGCCAACAUCUUGACUUUUGCUUCCGUGUAA